AUGUCGAGCAAAGCCCGUCAGCACAUGGAAGGACUUCACCGCCUGUGUUGUUUGAUUCCCCAUAAUCUCAUCACACCUGAGGUAAGGAGAGAACUUCUGUAAACUGCAUUCUUUUGGACACUGCGUACAAGUAAGUUGUAUCGCGUGAGUUGAUGGUAUUUAAGUCCGGCUAUUGACCUGACUGGUCAAUUAAGUCGCGAUGAUAUUGGUCGUCUGUCAGUUAGGCCGUGAUGUUAUUGGCUAUGACGAAGAUGUGUCGUAACCACAGACAAUCCAAUGAGCCAAUCCGUUUUCGAGGAGGAAAGCGCAAGGGGACUACGUGGUUUUGAUUUGAAAUCCGAUUGGUGCAGCAAGAAAGUUGAACAUGACCUGUAGCCAAUCACAGAACAAUACUAUUUGAAAUUUGAAGCAAAUUCGAAUUAGUUUUGGCGCGAGCUCUUAUAGGAUCCUGGUUUUGGUUUUUAAGAUGAAAGUCAAAUCACAGUCCUCGAUUUUGUUGUUAUUUUACGUUAUGCAGGUUUGGGAUACAAUUAUGCCUCAGUGGAUGGAAGCGAUCAAAGCAGACGUUCCUCCGGAUGACUUGGGAAGGUUUAAAGUCUUGUUAACGUAAGUUUGUUGAGUUUUUGAACCAUAGGCUGUUCACAGUCCCAGUCUCAGUCCCAGUCCCUUUCAAUCUUCCUCAAGAUUGUUAAUCUGUGCCCCAUUUUGCAUUUGCUGUUUUACUUAUACCUUCUUUUACGUCACCACCGCCCGCACACCGCCCACACAGCGCCCGCACACCUCCUGCACACCACCGCUCGGUUAGCUCUGUUGUGAGAGCGCCGGUCUGCUGAGUGAGAGGUCGCGGGUUCAAACCCCGGCCGGACCAACACUCAAGGUCUUUAAAUGACUGAGGAGAGAGUGCUGCCUUUGUAAUAUCAUCUGCAAACGGUUAGACUUUCCGUAGUCUUCUCGGAUAAGGACGAUAAACCGUAGGCCUCGUCUCACAAGCCCUUGCACAUGUAUUAAAUCUGUGGCACGUAAUGCCCGGUGUCGUGGUCUAUCUCACUUUCACACUCAUGUAUGGGGGCAUCAUUACUCAUUCCUUCAUUACCUGUAAACUGCACCUUAAGCAGUCUGGCAAAGUCCCCCAACCAGUGUUGUAAAUUAUCCCUGAAAAGCCCUGAGGGGAGUGGAUAAUAAGAUAUUUACAAUUUACUGUUUUGAGCGGUUAUUUUUAUGUUCCACUCAUACUCAAUUCAUUGUCUGAAUUUUGAUAAAUUUCGUGAAACAGCUCCUUUAGAUACAACUGUGUUUGCUUCAUAUGGUAAGGUGAUGAAACUUUAUGACAUUUAUAGACAUCUUUUCUCUUUAAACCUUUUUCGAUUAAUUUUAUACAGGAACCUUUUCGAUCCUCUACUUUCUCCGCUCAAGAUGCCCUCCGACACAACUUUAAGCUUCAUACGAAGAUCACUAGAGUCUUCUGUGCCUCGUCACCAAGUUGAGGCUCUCACUUGGCUUCAGGUAAGUAAUCUAUUCUUAUUGAUGUGAGUCGGGACAAAACAAAGCUCUUAAUCUCUUCCCUGAAAGACAGUAUUCCAUGUUAAGGCGAUUUUAAUGUACAACAAGUUAGAGUCUAGACAUCCAACUAUCUAAAUCAACUUUCUCUUUACCACUGCGUAAGUUGCGUCUUUACCUGGGAUGAUCUUCUUUGCAAUAUUUCUUCAUUCCGCGGUUCCAAUGUAUGAAAUUAAUCUAUUUUUAUCAUUUCAACGUCUAGGACUAAUAGAACGAGGAAAACAAAUUUUAUAGGUGUCUUGUUUCAAUUUUUUGUUUUUCGCAGAUUUUAUCUCAGCUUGAUAUCAUUAUCCGGCUAGAUGUUCUUCUCGGCAUGUUUAUCAAAGUUGUGCAGAACUCGUCUGAAUUCUCUGAAGGAGUCGCCACCAUGUUUCCUUUUCCCAUGUCUUCUGUGCCGUCACCGCUGUCCACAGCUGCAGAAGGUUCGGUGAUCGCAACGCCGGUCAGCGGUGCAAUGUCUGCAGACCUUGGGGAGCUGAGUUCCAAUCUGUCGUGCUUUAUCAUGGAACUUGAUUUACUUGUAAAACAGGUAAUUGCUCCAGCUUUAAUCGCAAAAUUUUGAUAUUGUCAACCGAGUUAAAGUAAGUGAUCGCUUAAAGGUGAUUAAAAACAGUAGAAAAUAUUAUUAUAAAACUGUCACCCCGAAACGUGGUCGCGUUCGUUUACGAGAAGUUCCAACUGAAAAGCGUUGACUGGCAAAAUUCAGGUGUUUUGCAGAGGUGGUCGCUUAUAGUAUGUUUUCGCACAUGGAUGAUAGAUUGUGUAUCGAAUGGGUUAUUCUACUUUCGCCUUGCUAUUACGAAAGGGCAGGCAAUCUCUUUUGGUAGUCUCUGCGCCGCUUUCCAUCGGUGUGUUUUUCUGUUGAUUUACCUCUUUUGGAUCCAAGUAUGGCAAUGGCAAAGUUUCAACGUUUGAUCCUGUGAACGAAAUCUUGGCUUACGUUUUGUGUGGUGCUGUUUGUUUUUUUAAUAUUUUCAUAAUGAAUUUUGGGCCCUUUCCUCAGCAUUGCGGCUGUAAAAGUUUUUUAAAAUCUGAGGGUUUGUUUAGUGUCCAUGUCAAAGCGUUCCCAUUUUGUAUCAGAAAUCGCACGUUUUCCUUCCUCUUCAAAAUCCAAUUUUCAAAUUUAAUUCGUCCUAGAAAAAGUGUACGUAAGAGCCAUCAUUUGGUUACGUUUUUAUUAAUUCAUCAUGUUCUUAAUGACAGAUAAAAAUUCAGUUUAUGCGCGAAAGACACGUCCCAACCAGCUCCGAAAAAGAGGACAUCAAGAAGCUUCUGAAGUGCAUGUUGGAUAUCUCUUGGGCCGGUAAACAUGGCGACCACUCUACGAUAUGUGAGAUGUGUAACAUGACAAGUAUUUGGUUUAAAUUGGCUCACAUGUUACUGGAUCAUGUGUUCCCGGAUGGUGUCACGUUAGCGGCCGAUGAUGCGCUUGGUUCUGUGGUAUCUGGAGGAGGCCUUGUCAGAACCAGUUCCAGCGGUAAAGCUGUUUCCAGUAGGAGUCUGUGUAAGUCUCUCCAAGGUGCUUUUCUGACGCACCGACACAGUGCAUAAACUUGCAUAAUUUAGUCUUCAAAUGUGCGCAUUUAUAUCGUCACGCGCAGACUUUUAACAAUUUUCGCACAAAGGUCAGACUUCAGGGCUUAACGGCCGGUCAAAAGACAAGUUCCGGUCAGAAAAAACCUUUGUCCGAUUGAAUCCUUGGGUGACCGGACAUUUUGUCCUGUCGUUAAAGCCUCAAUUGGAAAAUUCAAUUCAAAUUUUAACAAAGGUUGGACAUUAUUAGCUUUCGUGAAUAAAAAAUAGGUAGGUGGAGGAAAAAACAAUAAACAAACUGUUUCCGAGGGAAAAAUAGGUUUUAUAGGACAACAUGACUGGCGCUAGCCUGGUAAUUAUUUCAAGCUCUGACGCUGGUUUCAACACGACACAGCAAUCAGUAGUAAACUGUUGUUUGUGUGUUUUGGAUUCUCCUAGAACCGACAGAUAGAAAAAUGUCAAGCUCAAUGCUACGUCUCCUGUUUGCAAGUUGAUUAACAUUCUUGUUUAAUCUCGAACCCGGGUUGUUGUUCGUUUUUAGCCUCAAACAAAAGCCAAGUCGAAACAAUCGAUGAAGAAGUGUUUAGAGAAAAUCAGCCAGAAGACUUUUCAGAUGUUACUGACAGUUGCCAUGGCGACAAUGACCCAGAACCCGAGAAUGGCCCCAGUGAGGGGGAUGCCCCGUCUGAGCUAAACGAAAAUAUCAUGUCAUUUGCUGCCAUGCGCACAAUGACGGGAGGUAUCGGCUCGUGGAGGAGUGGGACGGGUAGCGUUAGCUGGAGCGUGGUCUGUGACAAUUUCCCACAACUGCAUCUGUUGCUCGGGUUUCUGAAGGUACGAACCUGUGUGAAUGAAUCACAGGAAGCCCACGCGUAGUUAACUAGUUUCACUGCCAUUAUCACAUAUAGAGAAGACACAAGUCUGAGGUGUGACCAAUCAAAUAAAUUCAUGAACCUUUGCAGUGCUGGUUUCUCGUGGUUUUAAGUACAAUGCUGUACCAGCGGGUUUUAACUUUUGAAAUGUAUUACGUGGAAAACUAAAAGAAACUAAAGCCUCUUCAGCAGUACUUCGCUAUGGCACUACAGCUGGGUACUAUCCUGUGUACAGUCGCCUUCCUCCCCUCAAUAAAAGAACUCAGCUGUAGUACCAUAGUGGAGUGCUGCUGAAGAGGUUAAAGUUUCAUGGCCACGCAAUACAUUUCAAAUGUUAAAACCCAUUGGUACUGCAUGAUAAAGAAAAGCAUGAGAAAGCACCGCGGCAAAGGCUCAAUUUAUAUGAUUCGUCAAACCACAGACUUAUAUCUUUACUAUGCUGUAUAAAGAGGUUCUAUUUUUGUUAUUCUAAAUUCAAACAAAAUUCAAUAGUGCGACACUUCAAACGAAUUCUUUUAAGCGGCACUGUAUAUAUACAUGCUGCUAUUUAUGCUGUAUCCGCAAUUUUUGAGUCUGUGAAUGAAAUCCUACGAUGUGACCAUUCAAAUGAAACCUUUAUUGCAGUUUUUUUUAACAGGAUGCCAUUUAAUUCUAAAUAUUUCACACGUUGAGUUUUAGGGUUAACAUGCUUUUGUUUUUGUUUUAUCUGUAGGAGCUGCCUCGUCAAGAGGAUCAUAAUGUACAGCUGAGUAUCCUGAGUUGUUUAAAGGUUCUGGUCCUUCAAGGUGACUACCUGCGAAUCGCCAUGGAUGCUGACGGAGACUUCUUGGCUUAUCUGCAAGAAAUCUUCUUCAUUCCUAAGUAAGAUAUUAUAAGAACUUCAACCAGACUUUUUUUACUUAGGCUGAAUCAGAAAACCAAAUUUUCUGAUCGUUGACUUUCGCUCGUCAUUUAAACUUCAGUAUAACCUAAGGGUGAAGUUCAUCUAGAGUGCUAACUUUCUCACUUCGGGGCUUGUCUUGCAUUCUCUUUUUCUCUUCCAUGAAGCUCUGUUUUUUUCUUGUUUAUGUGUUAAUGCACUUCCCGCUACGUGACGUUCAUGUUCUUUCCGAUCCAAUACAUUUUUCUCGUACACAGUACUUUUCAAAGAGUUCUAAUAACUCCUCUAGAGGGGCUAAUUUAACUCCGUACAGUGGAGUUAUUUUUUGGGGAGUUAUUUUAACUCCAAAAAGAACUCUUUUUUAGGAGUAAAAGUGACCCCAGAUAUUGAGGAGUUAAAAUAACCCCAAAAAAGGAGUUAUUCUGUACGUAAAAUUUUUACUCCACUUUCAGAGCUAAAUUAACUCCAAAAGAGUAAAAACAAUCCAUGUAAGAGGUAAAAAUAACCCCAUUUCGGAGUUAUUUUAACUCCAGACUGGGAGUAAAAAGAACUCUUUUUCAGGAGUAAAAAUGACCCCAAAUUCGGAGUUAAAUUAGAAGUUAAAGUAGCCCCCAGAAAUGGGUUAUCCUGUACCUAAAAUUUUUACUCCAUUUUUGGAGUUAUAAUAACUCCCUAAAAAUUACGGUGUACUUAAAGUAAAUUACGUUAUUGUCUUAGACUACGCAGUGUCGCACUCAGCACACAAGCAUGACCACGGAAGAUGUGGGAACGAAAUUAAAGUCGGAUGAUUUCGUUAUUGUGUACGUAAAAGAGCACGUACAAGUUUUUGUUACUUGUAACUUGGAAUUGGAUGCAGUGUAAGGCAAUGCAAUAUGAAGAAAUGCAAUUACACUAUGCUCCAUUGUCUUUUAUGCAGUGCAAUUCAUUGCAAUGCAGCGGUAUGCAAGACAGUGAAAGAAAAUACUACCUAGCUACAAAGCAGGGCCAUUACGGUUUAUGAAUCUCUCCCUCUAUUGCUGAUUUGUAGUUGAUGUCACCUCCGCCAUGUUGGUUGACAAGAAAAAAAACGUUUCCCUCCGUUGGAUCUUUUUUCAUGGAAAUUCAUUAAAAAAAUUGUAUUGUUUCGUCAACUAAGAUGGUUGCCUUGUCACGUGGUUGCAAACCAAGAAUAUCAUGACAGACAAAGUGAUUACACCGAUUACUAUAGCUCUAUUCGCCACUUUAGGAACGACGAAGAGUAAACUUUCGCAAAGACGUCCGCGGAACUGUUACUGGGGACUGGGAAAAAAUUGGCCAAUAGGGACCUUACGAUCCGACAACGGCGAUGCCAAUGAAAACGUCGCUGGAAAAUAGACGUUUCGUCCUCCGAAACUUUUUGGCCCUUAUACCAAGUCACCCAGUUCCUUGAAAAAAGCGAAGUUGGCUUGGAACUGAAGAUAGGGGACCGCGUCCGAAUUCACAGAGAGAUGGUAAAGUUCAUCGCCUUGCCGUUCCCGUUCUCAAGUCAACUCAAAAUUUGUUCAUUUCACGUCGUAGUUGUGCAGGGACGGCAAAGAAAUGUACAAAAAAGCGUGAUUCACGUGCAGAAUUGUUGUUUAGCUCAUAAAACCUGUUGUGUUUUAGACGUUCCCGUUGCCGUCCCCGUCGCAGAGCUGACCGUUGUCCCUGUUCACGUUCUCAGAAAUCUUUGCGAAAGUCAACUCGAUCCAGUUUCCCCCGCGUUUUGGCUCUCUGAAAAAAUGGGUCCAUCAUUUUUUCUUUUAGCAUCUGGGACCUUGUACAAGCCGAGCACUCGGAGAUGUCACAGCUUUGUGUCCAGAUAUUACUUCACUGCAUCUGUCUCCCUUAUGGUGCCGAGAAACUCUGCGAUGAAGUAGAAAAUGCUUUCUCGGAUGAUGACUGGCAAGAACGCUCAUCCGCUGUGGAAAAAGUCACGGUUAUUGCACGCUGUCUGGAAAAAGAAAACAUCAAGUCCAAUAGCCUUGUUAUGUCGGCCCUGGCACACUGCUUUACGUAUUUAGUUGGAGCAGUGGAAGAUGUUUGCACGCCGGUACAUCUUAGGUAAAUUCCAGUGAAUAACAUAGCUGAUGCUUUAAAAAAUUUUACUGUUUAGCUUUCCUAUCCCUUUUUGUGCGUACUGGCUUUAUAGUCGGUACGCCAUUAUGUCAACGUCUGUGUAAGUCCGUCCGUCCGUAAUGGUAUUUCUAUUGUCCUCGUAGCGUCCUAUUCAGAGCCGAAAGUACCUCGUUCGUAACCCGUAUCGCCCUUUUUGUUCCCCGCGAAUUUAAUAGAUUUGCUUCUUUUUCCUUUUUUUAAGCCCAACAAUUUAAUAUCAUGAAAGUACGUUAAUCAUUUCGAAGGUAAUUAGAUUAAAAGAAAUAAAUUUGUAAGAAGUUAUUACGUUACAGUCGAGAUCCCCGUUCGAUCGAUACUCGAUAGCGCCUUUUCUUUUCGAACACUUUGCCAACGUUGUUGUUGUUUUUUUUCGCUUAAAAAAGCAAGGUAUACUGAGUGAAACAACUAUUAAAUAAUUUCAAUUUGCUCGUUAGUCUUUUUUAUGGUUACUAGAGUACAGACUAUUUAUAGCCAGUAAGAACAUACCUUCUCAGGGGAUUAUUAUUUUUCGAUGUAAAUGACAUGACUUAUAUUUUGAUGGAUCGGCGAUUGAAGUGAAAUUUUCGGUUUAUGCAUGGAGGGUCUCGAUCGGGUUAACUAAAGAACAAUUUAAGGUGUAGGGGUAAAAAAUGAAAACUUUUAAUCGCUAGUCCUAAACACGUGAGGUAAUUCCCUUGAGAAGGGUGUACUGUUCUUUUUUUUUUUCAAACUUGGCACAAUUGAUUGACGGCCAUACAUAGGAAUUCAUUGAAAAACUGCAAUAAAAAGAUGGGGUCAACGCGCUUGUUUUCGCGCUGCGUGCCCGUAAAUUUUCCUAGUUGCGCACAUGGUGUUCGAAACUUCAACAAAGGUCAAAAAUUCUUAUCGUGUAGUAAUGAAGAUGAAUCUUACUUAAACAAUACAUACAUUUCUAAAUAAUACAACUUCUAGUAUCUAGGUUUUUUCUCCUUAAAAUAUAUUUUUCUUUUGCCAUAACGAGCGAAAAACAAGGAUAGUUUGAUGUGUCAAGGUAAGUGAUGCGAAGUGCAAAACAAGGGAAUUACCUUGAUGCAGGUGUGUCUGUAACAAUUCAUUUUCUAACUGGUUAUACUUAUUUCAGAGCGGUCUCCAUGUUAGACACUAUCAAAGCAUCCUCUCUCAAGGUCCUUUACAAGUGCAUCGAGCAUCAGUACGAUGCAGUUCCUAAAGAUCGUCUCCUGUUGAUUCACACCUGCCGGAUAUUGCACCGAAUACUGCCUCACCAUACGCCCCUUUGUGGCAAGUUUUUCAUCAGACGCUUCAAGCAUUUGCUGAUUGAAAACGCAGAUUUCGUGUCUCUCGGAAGUCCGAGCAAAGGACGCACUUCCUCUGGUUUAGCUGCCAAUGAGACGGAUACCGGAAGUGAAUCUGCAAGGAAAAUUGGUUUGUAACCACGUGUCUUAUUAACAGUUUAGUUAGCAGUUUGCUUUAUUGUAUUAAAUAAGAUAUAACAAAAUAAUCAUUUUGUCGUCGUUAAAAUCACUUCAGGAAUAAUGUUAUGUGAACUAAACCAUUUAUGAGCCCAUCCAGCGCCCACAUUGUUUUCAGCACAUUUUUGCUCGAGAUUUGUAAAGCCUAACAGCAGUCCUCACAUGGUAUAGAAUUCUAGCUCUAUCAUGCAGAUUUUUUCUUCGAUAUGAUAUACAUUUUAGAAAUUAAACUAAAACUGUUGAAUCGUCUUUUUUGUCACUGGUACUUUCUAAAUAAGCCACUUCCGAGUUCUAAAAACCCUCACCUUCAAAAUGAGGCCAAGUGCACAACCUUUCAUGUGAAAAUGAGUUUUAUUUGCAUGUGAUUUCCAUAUCAAAGGCUGAGCCCUUAACCUCGUUUUGAUACAGAGGCGCGGGGGAACUCGCAAAUGACCUAUUAUUUGUAGUUACGUGUUUUCUUUUGUUAUUUAGCCCCAAUGCUCCAAUCGCAACCUAGCACCAGGUCCCUGACAGCUCGUUCCAGCCUUGCGCAGCAGCCUCGUAAGACAUCUUCUUCGUUCCGUUGUGGUUAUUCAUUCCGUUUUCCUGGAGAAAGGGUCACGUACAAUCGACAAGUGUCAUCUAAUUCCGAAGGUAAUCUUUAAUACUUAAAUCGCUGUCUUCUAAACAAAGAGAUCUCUUUUGAUCAUAAUAGAAAUGAAUCUGAGAAAUGUAACCAUAUUCUUGCUACAAUAUAAGAAAAACCAACUAGAUAUUCCCAUACAAAAAUGUUUUCAGGUAGUUGCUGUUUUUUACUCUUGCCUGCAAUCUUAUCAUGUGCCCAUUUUAUUUCCUGACUUUGCAAAAUGGAAGGAACAGAACACAAAAAAUACGCAGAAAGGACCUAUUAAGGAUUGUUAUUGUUAUUGCAAUUUGUUUUCCCACGGAGCUCUUAUUGAAACGUGUCCGUGCGUUCCAGAUCAAAAUGGAGUUUGGAAAUAUUGGUUUUUAGGGAGAGGGGAACACCGGACUGCCAGGAGAAAAACCUCUUGAGACAAGCGAGAGAACCAACAAAAAAUAGACGUUAUUGAAAUACCUGCUGUCUUUGCACUCGCCUUAGGAUUGUUGGGAUUAAAGCAAUGUCACGUGGUAUUUCAGGGGGCAAACAAGUGUUAAAAUUUGCCAACACGAGUAAUCAUGUUCGAGUUUGUUGAUUCACUCAAAACGAGACGACGACUUAAUAGUCUUUCCAAAUGUGCAAUUCGACUUUCGACAAUUUUUACGUCAUUAUUACUUGCUGUCACUAUCACUUGCCAUAUUGGUGGGAGGCCGGUACUAGUACCACCGCUCCACCUUGCUCCCCAGGAUACUCGCAAAGGAUAGGAACACUUGUAUGAAACCUCACCUACCUGCUAAAUUCCAAUUCCAAUCGAAACUUGAAACGACUGAUCAUUUCAGGUAAAAAGUCAUCAACCGGUGGACGUCUACGGCGUACAGGGGGAUUCACGAACCAGGCGAGCUCCGUCGACAUCUCAGACCGUAUGUUCCUAGGUGGCCGCAUCCAGUCUAACCUACCUACGGUCCAGGAGGAAGAGCACGAAAAUAGUCGGCAGUCUGUUGCCUCCACCGACUCUUCCUUUAGCCAGCUGCUGGGUGGAGUGCAGCCGGAGGGAGGCAGCCUAGAGGCAGAAGCCACUCAUCAGCUAGUGACGCUGGUCAUGGACUUCCUCAGCUACCCGGGAGCGGAGAAGGGAGCGGAAAAUUCGAGUUUUGUGAAGACGGAGAGUUAUGAAGUGGUGCAAAUGAGUCAUUACCUUGGUGUUCUCAUGGGGUAUGACAUCAAGGUCGGAGAAUUUACUGGAAAUCCUCGUAGAUUAAGGUAAAAAAUCUUGAAUGUCAUGCUGUCAUGCUUACCAACUUUGUUUAGGGACUUAAGCUAGAUUUGUUGAUCAUAUGUACAAAGAUUUAUAUCUGCGAUUAUUGCGAGGUUUUAUGUGUGCAUUGCACAUUUUCUUGAAACUUAGAAGCUAAGAAUGUAUCAAAGUAAUUUAGAACCUCCCACGCAGACUUUCUCAGGGCUUGCGUCAUGAACGUACAUGCGGGUAGAACGCGUUACCGUACUAACUAUGGCGUGACGAAGCGUGAUGCGUGACAAAGGCCUUAGACGGUCAGGAAAGUAGGCCAAACAAUUUUUUUUUUCGUUUGCAAAAAGCUGUGCGCACGUAUCGAAACAAUUAAAGAAAUAAGAGAAAAGAUUUCCAGUUCAUGUUAUUUAACGAAAUGCAGACAAGUCUCUCAAGCUCUCUUCCAACCUUUCUUCACUCACAGGUUGUUCCCAGUCUUCCAUGCGUACAUGGCCGGGAUUGUACAAGUCCUGGAUCAGAAUCAGGAGUGGGGCAAUGAACUGCUUAAUCUCACUCUUCAACUGCUCCUGUUCUGCGCGGCUCCCAAGCCACACAAACGAACGCAGACGCCCGAGUUCUCUUUGAUUUGUAUACCACCAUUUAUGAGGCAGACCUGGCUCAUGGCUCUACUUAUUAUACUUUACAAGGUAAUGAGGAUAAGUUUCAUCUUCGCUUUAAAAAACCUUUCGGUACUGUUGUAGAUCCGAAAGUUGCAAAAGGACCAUCAAUCUAAACGGUCGUAGCCAUGCUAGCGCUAUAUAGGUACCUGCCUUGUAAUAGAACUAGACCCAGUCGUUCGAAGGCCGAUUAGCGCUAACCCAGGGUUAAAUUUAACUCGGGUUUCUCUUUUGUUCAGAAGCAUUUUCCCGAAUAAUUUUCUUCUUCGUUUUAGAGCAUUCAGUCAUGAAAUUGUAGGCAAAAAGAGUAUAACUGAGUUUGCUUCAGUUUAAGCUUUAAUAUCUGAAAUCAAAUUUCGCACUAAACCUGGGUUAACUUAACCCUGCUUUGAACAAUCCGGCCCUGACGUUUUUCUCAGCAGUCGUUCUCGCAAAAGUCGUUGAAGAGUUGUGUCCAUCAAAUCGCUGCCGUCGCUAAACCUGUUUUCACAAGGUAGCCAGGCGAAAUGAUUUUAGUCUCGAAGCACCUAUUCAUUGAAGUCGUUGGUUGACUUGUAGAGGGGGUGGGGAUGCAGACCUCUUAAACCUUCCCCUUUGACCUCGACUGCCUCUUCUGCCUCCUUUUAUCGUUUUUAAAAUCACUUCAGACCCUAGUCGUAUUUUACUCUACUUUAUUUGGUUUUUUAAGACCAUACGCUGAAUAUUCAUUAUUGUUGAAAUAGUUUACAUUUAUUUAAGCAGUGUUCGCCGAGUUCAGUAUUGGCAAAGCUUUUAAACAGUUCUUUGAUUCUUUGAUUAUUGUUCCAAAUAUAUUUCCUUCCAGUAUCCUUUCCACGCGGAUACUCAUAAACGAAACACAAAGAACCUAAUACUCGUGGUGCUGAACACGCUGGAGGCCCAGGAUCACGCCUGCAAGGGGCCCAAAGAGAACUUUCCAAAGCGGGCCAGCGUGGCAUCUAUUUUUGGGGAAUCUUUUGCUGUUGGAACAGGAGAUACUGCAGUGGGUCCAGGUAUCAGAUCAACUUUUCAAAGCUUUUUUUUCUAGGGUUUACACGUCUCGAAGAGAUCAUCUGACCCCAUGAGGUCUUUGUUAAGUCUAGUGACAGAGUCUAAGUUCAUGCAGCACCUAGCCUAUUGCUGGAAAUGGGUAUGUUGUGAAAACAUCCUGUCUUGUAAGGGUGUUACCGUCCUUAUUUGCCAAGGGAUGAGUGGCCAGUUUCCUUCUUGGCAGUGGAACUUGGAAAACGGGAGGGAAGGUGACACGACAAGUUCCUAAAAAAUGAUGGACUGGAGAUGGGCGACCAAGAUAAUCAGUUUUAAGUCAAAUCGUUAGUGUUUGCUCACUGAACGUUCAAUUAAUUUGUCAUUUCUUCGAAUGCGCAGAUCUAUAAGCACUUUCAUGGCCUGAUGGUAAUUUUCCAUUUUCUUGAAGUUCAAUUUACUGUGAAAAGCCCAGGACCUUCUCUCUGUCAAUGUAGUGACGAAAAUUCAAAAUGAUUGAGUUAAGCCACUUUUAACUCAAUCAGCGGUAAUUUUUAUGAUUAGCUCAAUUGGUAGAGCAAUUAAGUGAUAAGCGGGCGGUCGUGUGUGUUCGAUUCCCGGGGCCGGACCAAUACUCAGGGUCUUAAAAUAACUAAGAAAUGAAGGUACCUCCUUUGCCCUGCAAGCGGCUAAACCUUCGCAUGGCUCGGAUGACCACGUAAAAUGGCGGACCCAUCUCAAUUAGUACUUUCAUGCUAAAUACAUUGACAUUUUUUUUAUUUUGAUAACGCUUUCGUUGGGCUACUAAUUAUCUGGUUGGCUGAUAGAUCAAUCAAUCAUUUUCUUCGCCUUAUUUAGAAACGCCAGGCAGUCCUACUCUUCGCCGUUCUACCACAGACAGACAGUUGUCUUUAACAACCGCUAACAAAUUACGUGAAGAAGACGACAAAACCAGACGAUUGCCAGAGCGACAAAUUUCGUCUCCUUCUUCGUUUGGUAGCAUUAGCAAAGCGAAAGAGAGAAUAGAAGAUGAGAAAGAAAAAGACGAAAAACUGUUGGAGGGGAACCAAGAUGUGAGGUUGCUCUCCGAGACUCCUUUUGCUAAUGCCGGUGGCGUCAACUCAUCAGAAAGACUCCUGCCUUCCAGCACCCCGAUCCAGGACCUCCCGGCCUUUGCGCGAAGAGUGCUUCCUAGUACUAGCAGUGAGGAAGAAAAGGGCUUGGAGUCUAAGAUCGGCUUCGACGGACAGCCUGGAACCGAGGACAAAGGACGAAAAGGUACGGGGAACUUGAGACCAUGCUGUAGUAUGAAAUUAAUGGUCUCGGAGUCAUUGUCAUGUCCGUAUAAAAGAAACUUUUGGCUUCAGAAUCUUGCAUUGACAAAUCUUGAGCGAUUAAAUGACUUUUAAGUUGAUGAAAUUUCUUCGAUGAACGCAAUAAAAGAAUGGCAGAUUUUUAAAUUUAAAAGUUUGAAUAUGGCCUUUUUGUUCGUAGUUAACGGAUUAGUUUUCACUUGUAAUAAUUGAAGAUGACCAUCUUAAUUUGAGAUAAUUUUUAACAAUUUCAGAUACACUAAUAUAUUACACCUUAUACAUAACGUCCAUUAAAAUACUAUUUGACGCAUCCUUUAAAGGUUUUACGGUGCUGAAAGUUCUAAUGUUUUAAAUGUUGUUUCAGCUCGUCCUUUGUCAUGGAGAAUACGAAGGACUCGCAAUGAACGUCCCUUUCUCGGCGGCUUUUCAUUGCGUUUAAAGAGACCGCCGCUGUUAACUGGUUAGUAAACAAUGCUUCGUUUCCAGGCGGCCAUAAAGAGAGGGACGCCAUGGGAACGACGCGAAGCGCGCCCAGUUUCACCGCGGGCAAACGUCUGAGGUGUUUCUCCUUUUAUUCAAUUUGAUUCCUUUACUAUUUAGCGGAAACUUGCCUUGGUCAGGAUUUAGAAAAGAGUUAGUUCAUUUACCUGUCUUUACAUUGUUCCAAUAGUAAUGAGCUUCUUUUCGUUGAAAAUGCUUCGCGCACGAGUAGAAUUAUGAUCUUUGCAAUUCAAUUAUGGCGCCGAUAUUAAUCCCAGUCAAUCAGUUUUCAGACGCUUAGAACAUUUUUUGUCAACUUCCAAAUAUAUUAAGCUUUGACAAGCGACAGAAAGAAAAACGCUAAGCAGAGCUGACGUCGCCGAACCCGAAUUGUAGCGCGUAAUAAAAUCUGCGACAAUCGUAAGUCAGUAGUAGGUUUGAUUCACAGGAUGCAACGGGUGUCGUAGGCCUAUAGUAAGUCCAUAGCGUGCGACAAAGUUGUAAGGUAUAAAUGGGCCUUUCAACUCUGCUGGAAUAAUAACGGUCGCCUGGAGACGAAGCUGAUGAAAACCCCUUAACUUUGUAAUCUACGUUUGAACAUAUAAACUUAAAGAUUUAAAAUUCUGCGGGAAUGAUUAACAAUAAAGUCACCUUAAACUUUUUAAAUCUUAAGGUGCAAUUUUUUUCACCUUUUUAAACCAUAAACGAGCCAUUGUUAAGAGAUCUAACCCUGUGUUAAAACAUAACGGUGAGCUUGUGAUUAGUUCAAUUAAAAAAAAAGAUUCUGUCUUUGGUAUUCCUUGGUGGUACCUUCUAUUAUUUUUUUCUCCUUUGUUAUCUAGUCUCAGUAGACUCGACCACCAGCCACGACACACGAGAAGUAGACAUCAGUAGAUCGGGAAGCAUAGAAGGUUCACUUUCCGUCAAUGAAUUCAGAAGGGGUUCCAGGCCUCGACUGGCACCGGGGCUCUCCACACGGUCUUUUGACAAGACCCUUGACAGUAACGCGGAAAAGGAGCCUUUUGAUAAGGACCUUGAUCUUGAUUGGUGCCCAGAGUGUGGUAUCUCGCUCGAGCAGUUUGAUGAGGAGACUCUUAAUUUGUGCAUCGUGGUUCUAUCUACAUUUGUCCAUCAAAGUCCUUCCAUGGCCAUGCCAUUUCUACUUCGAAUGCUGGAAAGCGUCGCCAGGUACGUCUGGGGGUAAUUUCUUUGCAAAACUGGGCAGUUUAAAGCUGAAACUUCCCAAAUUAUAUACACUUUUUUUAACACAAGUUUCUCAGAUGGCUUAGAAGAUAGUAACAGUAUCGGAACCACACCAAACAAAGCUAGAAGUCGAGGAAUUUCCGCCCCAAACAUGUAUGACUUACAUGACAAAAUUGAAGCUUUGAAAGGACUUAUAAACUUUUAAAAUUGCAAUGAGAUAGCAAUAACCUUUCGAAUAUUAGUUACUGGGGUGAGUAAUAAAGGACUGGAUAAAGGCGGGCCUAAGUCAUUUUCUGUUGUCAAGAACAGCUAGAUUUUCCUGCUUGGAAAGGAUCCUUGCAAGUUGUCUUUACUAAGAAAAGCCCUGAAACCUUCGUUGGGGAUGUUGGGAGUUGUCUUGUAGAAUGUAACUGAUGACAGCAGGGCUGUCUUUAAGAGGCGGGGACCGGGUUUUUUCCCGGCUACUAUAAAUGUGUUCCCCGGCUACUUUCAUUGGAAAAUAGAAGACAAAUAGAACCAAAAGAAAUCCCUAGCUGUCUGAUUUACCUCCUACUUGUUGUAUUUACCUGGCAACUUGAAAUCUUGGUGACAUCCCCGACUGAUGUAACGGUAAAUUAACCUCGAGAAUUUUACCUUACAUUCACCUGUUAGCCGCAGGCAAGAAAACAAUGUAAUUGGCUGAUGAAACGUCUGGAAUAAUCUGUAUUUAUAAAUGUGAAACUUAAAAAAUUAACAACAAAUUAAUUUCCUGGAAAAAAGAUGAUAUUUAGGAAGGUCCAAACCAAGUGGUCAUCACUAGUAAUACACUUAAGUUAUAUUUACUAUGGGGUAAAAACAAGCCCAGCCCUUUGGGCAUCAAUAUUUUAACCUUACAUUACUUUAUUCAAUAUCGUAGGAAAUGUGUACGUCCGCUGUUUUCCUGGCAGGAGAAGAGGUAAGCAGUGGCUACAGAUUGAGAUUGUAUUCAAUUUUUCUGAUGUUGGGUAUUCCAAUCCACCUGAAGAGCCGAAGGAAAAAAAUUCUUAGCUCGGAAGCGCAUGCCUCUGUAGUUUAUGGCUGACCUAGAAAUUUGCCCGAGGUACGCACAGUUUUCCAAAUCCAAAUCCAUCCCGUCUUCCCGAUCGUUUUCUCCUGGGCCACUUGAUUUCCACCUACAAGUUCUCCAGACUGACUUCCUUGAAUUCUGGUUGUAUUUGGUUGAAAAACUGCGUUGCAAAGUGUAGGCGUGUGCCUGGAAUGUCCAGAGGCUUCCACUUUUGGCAAAGACAGACAGAGUUACGCCUUUAUGGCUGGUAAACCCGCCCCUUCUAGCCAUGAGUCCCCAGGCAAAUGGUACCAGGAACCUGUUACACUGAUAUUAGGGGGAGGGGUGGGAAAAAGCCCAAUUUGAUGCAUCCAAGGCUGACCGCGCUUGCGCCACUACACUGACCGCUGACCGACAACGAGAUGGCGCGCCUUGUUGUUAACUGCCUUAAAUUUCAUUCAAUUUCAUGUAAAAUACAUCUUCUAGAGUUGGUUUUAAAUUCAAAGUUAAUUUUGUUUUCGUUUAUAGCAAUGUUCUGAUGCCUGGCUCAACCAGAGAAGUAUCAAAACAGUUUCUUCGAUGUGUUCUUAUUAAGCUCGCACCAAACGGCAUAUUCUCCGAGCUGUUCCGAAGCAGAUUAAAAGGUAAUGAUCUCCUUCCUCUCAAUUUUUUUUCUUUCAAAACAGCCGUAAGUUCUUUAGUUCCUUUGCGGCCUUUUUCUGGUCAUCACGCAGCCCCUCCUCUUACAACUAAGGGCCUGUUUACAUGGAGGUGGGGGAGCCCAGGUAGCCUAUCUGGGGUCCCCCACCUACAUGUAAACAGUCCCUAAGAGUCGUAUGGGACUACAUGAAGGGUCGAUUUUUGAAGUGAGGGGCACUAUAAUGUUUACCAUUGAGUCAUAUAUUUUUGCUCCUUUUUGAAGAUCACACGCUUCUAAAAGCUGUGGCUAUAGCUUUGAACGAUUUUUCAUCCUUUGAUCAGAUGUCUCCAGUAGCAUACUUAUUGGAGGUAGGUGAUCAUAAUGUCUGUUCAGUUAUCAGUAUUUGCUUGAUUCAGUAUAUCAUUUGUUUGGUCAGUAAUGGGGAAGAAGUAUUUUUGUCUCGAUUACCUAUUCCUUCAGCGGUAGACUUAUCCGGUGAAGUUUUUUAAAGGCGAACUAUAAUACGUUCUCGGCGUUAUUUUGUGUAAAUUUUAUAUGUUAAACAUCACUUUUUGUAAACAAGAAAAUCUUAUAUAAACCUGCUAUUUCUUUGAGAAAGUUGUCACCAACAUCACAACUUUUCGGCGACUACGAGUCCUGUCGUCACAGUGUUUACUUUUCAUGUUAUGUUUUAUUUUCCUGUGUGAAAUCGAAAAAAUGUCUUUUCCAGGAUAUCCUUGGAUCCAGGACUCUUAGUGACCGUGUGCUUGUGUUGCUUAGCAACAUGGAGACGUAUCUUCGGUUUGCGUCACGUGAGCCCACAAGCGCUUGGGAGAGUCAGCUGUCUCAUUUUGAAGCGUUCUUCAGGAAGCUACCGUCCGUUCUACCAGAAAAUGUGAGUUUCUCACGAAAAAUCUAUAGCUAGUUAAGCAAGUCUAUCUUUUGCUUAAAUUUCAUCUUUUCAAAAAAUACGUUUUAUAACGUACAUAUAGUACAAUUGUCUGGAGGGUCCGAUCGGUAUCCGGAUUUUGGCGAAAGUUUUCACAAAGUUGAACCAGUUUCAUACAUGACCGCAGUCAACUAUGAAACCAUGUAAAAACUGAAUGGUUACGUGGCGAUGAAGGUCGCGAUUCUUCAAAAAAUGGGUUUUUUGUCUGUGCGCUAGCCGCUAGUAUAUCUUUCUUUUUUUCGGAAAUUUCUGCAAUGGUCAUAUUUUAACAGGUUAAUGUAGCUUGCAGUUUCUAAAAUGGACAAUUCUUGUGUGCCGGUGUGCCAACAUUGUCUUUUGUUUCUAUCAAUUUUUUUGUCUAAAUUCUUGAUCACUUUGUUAGUGUCUAGUCAAACUACCCUUUGAUCAUUAGAAAUUAUUAUUAAUACGUAAUUAACACUAAAUGCUUCCUCCUCUGUUGUGUCAAAGCGCGAAAAUGAUUCAGACGCGCCAUGCUUGCGGUCCGCCCUGCUGAAACUUGAGUGAUGUAUCCUGCGGAUGUCUGGAUGAAUUUAUUCAUGUUUUUAGCCACCCUGAGUUAAUGAAAUCUAACCGUAACUCCUGGGGUAAUAGAAUGGAGGGAAUAUGAGAUGCCGAUUGUGCGCCUUUAAAGUUUGAACAGAAAGGGAGUAGUCUCAGCCUUUAAAUAACUUGCGUUAGUCGCAAUAAGCUCGGUAUGGAAUAGUUUUAAAUUGCACGUGAAAUGAUUACUGUAUAUGAUAUUCUAAAAACCCAUAGCCCAUAUAAACCCAUAUCGAUAGUAGGCCAAGUGAAUAAGGGAACAGUCAACUUAACUGUUUUUAUUUUAAUUUCAUUUACAAUGUUUGUUUUGAUGUCAUUUUGAUGUACCAUUAAUAUACCACCAGUGCCAAGAUUAGUUAUACUAAAUGAAGUACUAAAGAAACUGAAACUGAAACAGAAGCAGAUCUUAAGAUGCCCGGAUAGCGAAUCCUGGUUUGGAUAUGAUCACUAGUUUCGCUGAGAGAAAGGUUCGGUUAUUUUCAUCCAUUGCGUAGCGAUUGCUUCCAUCUUUACGGCAACGACUUGUGAGGAAGACGUCAUUUAUAGCGAUGGUAGCGAUCGAAGAAGUCAUGGAAUAUCAGGCUCUAGUGGUUUGAAAAAGUCGAUCGACUACUGGUAAUUUAGACACUUGGUCUCACGACUGAGCGGAGACCGUUCACUUGGUUUUUCACCUAAAAGAAUUAUUAUUGAAGGACCAGAAAUGAAGUUUAAGCGUGUUUACAUUUUUGGCUUCUUGAGAUGUGUUGUCUUGUACCCGUUUUUGAAAUCAAGAAUGCUCUUUUAUUGACUUUGGUGUUGUUAUUGUUUGUUAAAACAAAAGCUGCUACAAUAGUAUUGUUUCCUUUGACAAUACUCUAUUAGAACUUCAUAUUCAAAUGAAUUAAGUAAAGCCUGUUCUUGAUUGGCUUAAACAAUGACGUUAGUUUUCCGUGAUUGGCUGACAAUUUUUCAAUUGUUCUUUUGCCUAUAAAUUUGUGGCACUAUCCGGAUGGUUGGGCGGAACCGUAACACCAUCAUGCCAUACACUUCUCCGCCCCGCCGCCAUUGUUGUUCUAUCUACCCACAGAUGUACGUCUCCAAUCUAUGAAUGGACGCUUUAGAAUUGAAGAAAACGAAUCCAAGUUUGUUGCUUUUAAUGUCAUUUUUGUCAGCCCAUUUCCAUCCAAGCACUUCUUUAAGCUAAGCUCCCCAGUAAUGAUGUACCGAUUUUGAGUCCACCCAAAUUUUCUGUCCGAGUUAUUUCAUUUCAGGGCCUGUAGCUGCAUUUUUCAAAUCUUACAUUGAUUUAUGAUAUAAUUUGCUUCCACAGUGCGACGUGACGCCUACCAUUCGAAUCAUGUCUGCGAUCCUAAAUGCUGCUAAUUCUUCUUUCAAGGUAACAGUGAUAGUUAUAAAUAAAUAUUUAAAUGAAUGAGAGAAUUAAAAAAAUAAAUAAGGUGAGUGAAACCCCAGAAAGCGAGCAUCCUUAACAUGCUGUCUUUUUUUCACAGUUGUACGCCUCUCUAAAGAUGAUGUUGCAGGGGGUGAUUCGCAACGGUUUCUUAAUUUUUAGCACAAAACAUACUUAUUAAAGUGGAAUGGUUAUGAAACCCGUUAGACUCCUUUGUUAUAUGUUUCUGUUAGCGGUUUUGGACUUGACCUUGCACAAUGUUCAAUUGGUUUUCCUAUGAUUCUGAGCUUAUUGACCAACAGAAACAUGGCAUUAAUUUAGUCAAUCUCAUUUGUGAACAAAAAACAAAGGAUUGUGCAGGGUCAGGGAGCUUCCAACAUAAACUACACCACCGUUGUUUUCAACUUUGAUGUUUGCCGGCUUUCCUAACCAAUCGCCUCUACUAACUGUGCGCAAAACACACUGUAAUUUUCAGGGAGUUAUAAUAACUCUCUAGUGGGGCUAAUUUAACUCCUGACAGUGGAGUUAUUUUUCGUGGAGUUAUUUUAACUCCAAAAAGGAGUUUAAAGAACUCUUUUUCAGGAGUAAAAGUGACCCCAGAUAUUGAGGAGUUAAAAUAACCCCAAAAAAGGAGUUAUCCUGUACCUAAAAUUUUUACUCCACUUUCAGAGUUAAAUUAACUCCAAAAAGAGUAAAAACAACCCCUGUAAGGAGUACAAGUAACCCCAUUUCGGAGUAGUUUUAACUCCAAGACUGGGAGUAAAAAGAACUCUUUUUCAGGAGUAAAAAUGACCCCAAAUUCGGAGUUAAAUUAGGAGUUAAAAUAACUCCCAAAAAGGGGUUAUCCUGUACCUAAAAUUUUUACUCCAUUUUUGGAGUUAUAAUAACUCCCUAAAAGUUACGGUGCAAAUGUGCACGCGAGAUUCGUAGGAAACAGACGUGUUACACGGGACGAUUAUUAACGCAACAAAGGGAAGGGAAGAGGGUUCUUAAAAGGCGUUGUGAGGUGGGAAAAAUGACGACACGUUUGUUAGCACGAAACAACUUAAAUGCCGGAAUUUCUGAUUUGGUGAGGCACGCUUUUGAAACCUGUUCAGAACUUUCUACGCAAAAAUUUUACAGAAAUUCGUCUGCGCGUCCAUGUAAUACGGCAUCAAUUUUUAACGCAACGUAGUUGCGCUAAAAAUCGUCGUUGGGAAUUGUCUUGUGUAACGUCACCUUAAAGGCCCGUCUACGCAGGCCUUUUUCGAGCGAUUUUCAUUUGAUUUUCCAACCUUAAUGCAGUUGUUACCACAGGGCUCAUCAGAUGUAAACAAUAAUCCGCCAAGGUUUUUUCCCGUUUGUGUUUUGGCAAAGUCACUACAUACAUCUUGUUUUUAGUGAUCAUUUCAUUUAUUCUCCUGACUUUCUGCUUGGUUAAGCAGAGAAAGCGAUAAAGAGAAAUUAGGCUCGUCAAUUUACGCCGAGACGAAGAGAAAAAUUUGGUUCCAUCGGUGUUCUGUUCAUGGGAAAUUCCACUUAGAUGAUUAUCAGAUCUUUUGAUAGUCUGCUACACAGCCGUUUUUAGUGUCGUGACGCAACGCUCCUCCCUGGUGGGGAGGAGCGUUGCGUCACGACACUAAAAACGGCUGUGUAGCAGACUAAUCUUUUGACUGAUUGUAGGGAAUUUCCUGGUGUACUUCAAAGUUAAUUUCAAAGUUUUCUUUUCAUUUCAGAUGUUAUUGCCUUCUUUUGCCCAAGUGAUCAGCUAUGCCAUCAAUAAGUGCUCUUUUCAGCUACAGGAAUUGUUAGAACUGUGCGUGAAAUGUACAGAGACAUUUCCAAAGGUUUGUUAGAUUCUGAUUUUCUGAUGUUUUAAUUUGUUUGUUUGAACUCUGAUAAUUAAAGAAGGAAGGUAAAUGGCGUUAGAUCUAGAAUUUGAAACAUCUGAUCGCUUUUUGAGUUUAUCUGUGUUGAAUGUUGCCAAACAAUGUUGAACUGAUAAAAACAGUAUCGUUCCUAUUCCGUUUGACCAGUCGCCUCUUUGUGAUUGGCGGGUCUAAAGUACAAAUCACUGCUCCAUCGAUAAAUUACCAAACCACACAGAUUACCCUCGAUCUAAUAAAGCACUGAUUUUAUUAAGAGAUUAGGGCUAGGAGACCCUUCUAAUGCUGUUCAUUUAUCUGUAUCAAGGUGGCAUGUACUCUGACCUGUGGAAAGGUGACCUGUGUUUUAGUUCCGCCGUCUCUUAAGGGUAAAACGGCCAACAAAAACGUGCAACUUGUUAGCUGCAAAACGAGUUGAAUAGCGCGGAUGUUGUGCGUUUUUGAGCCAAGUGUGAAAGCGAAAUCACCUAAGUUUGAAACAUCAGUAAGACGGGGUGCAAAGAAAGUCGGUUUUACUACCCGCCAUUCGGGCAAGCUGUAGGUACAACCAGUUGCAAAAAUGUUGAAAGACUCCCACGAAAAAACGGCCUUUCCUGCUUCAAAUCGCUCCUGGUCACAGAUCUGUGGGAUAUAAUACUGACCUCCCUCCUCCCUCCCAUUCAAAGUUGUUCCUCCAAGUUUUGAGCAUGGUCUUGUAUUGCUAGCAACUUUGAUAAGGGGUGGAGGGGGGAUCACAAGCACAAGAUCACGGACAAGCCAUUUAUGCCAAAAUACGGUACAGUCUCUCAAGUACUUUUGCACACCCUAACCCUCACCCCUAACCCUAACCCUAACGUCAAACCCUUUUUGAUUAGCAAGAUUGAUUACAAUCCUUUUGUAAUUUGAAUUUCCCCCUAAAAAGCAGCACUUGCCCGUCAUAACUUAAGAACAAGAAUCACUAGCCCGAUAGCAAAAUCCACUAGCCCCAGGCUAUCAAACACUACUUUCGUUGCACGCUGGUAAUACCAUAUUUUGCGCAAAAGACAUGGUCAGACUACUGUGCCCUUCCUGAACAUCGUCCAGAACGUUCUCAGGGGACCCAUAUUCAAGCCUGCUGAAGUAAUCCAAACGCUUUUUGCGUGCUUCAAUCUUGUAGGAACGUAAUAAACUGUUUCUUACUCGAGCGGUCGUGUUGGAGCUUGUUCAUGCGGUCAAGUUUCGUUCUUCCCUUCCUGACGCAAAUCUUCAGUCCGUUUUACAGGUAAGUGGUUAGACAUGUGAUCUCUUAAAGUAUUUAUUCAAUUAUUAUUAUUGUUUUUGUUUGUGUUCAGUUUAAACAGGGUGCAUGUCUAACUCAGUAAACUUUAUAUAUAAAAAAUGCACAAAAUGAUGAAUAAAUUACACAAAUAAGCUACGAAAUUCACUCAGUAUAGAUCAAGGUAUGAUGCCGCGAGCAAGAGUGUGCGAGCUGCGAGGGCUCUAAACUUCACUCCCUGUCAUUGGUAUCGCGGCUCCGUUUUCCGCCCUAUAGUCACACUCUCAAAACAGAGGCCUGUUUGUUGAUCAUCCUCUUAAGUCCAUCAUCAGUACUAGAUGGUCUUGGGUGGGGCUGGGGCCUAGUCAUUCUUUCGUUACGUUAUCAGUUACCUUAAGCAACAACGACGGCGACUGCUACAAAAACGUCACUUAAAAAGAGAACUCGCGCUACUUCAAACUUUGUCGCUUUUUUCCCAUCUCGUUCAAUUCCACAAAUAAUGGCGAAUUUUUCUACAGUUGAUUUCGUAAGGACUGUAUCGAAGUUCAGGGAAAAAAAAAGAAAAUUGUUGUUUUGUAUUCACGUCCUCGACAAAACGUUAAAACCAGAGGAGGUUUCACGUUGAGCGCGUGCAACGACGGCAAAGAAAUGUACAAAAAUGCGCACGUGCAAAGUUGUCGUUUUGCUGAUCUAAACCUAUUGCUUUUUUCCCGUUCUCGUUUUUUGUUCUCGCCUUUUUCUUCGCCGUCGUCGUUUCUUAAGCUGCGUAUUGAAAGUCUGUUGACAGCCUACAACUCAGCAGUCGAUUUCGAAAGUACAAGCGGACUGUGAAAAGCUUGUGGUGUUGCGUCUGUAGGGGAGUGAAAGACAGAUUUGAUUGUCAACUGAGUUGAUAAGGUAGAUUUGCCACCAUAAGGUGAUAGAGGAGCUGACGUUUCGCGCGAUAUCUCUUCCUCUGGCGAAGUGCUAUAGCUCGAAAAGUCAACUUCUUUAUCUCCGUACAGUGGCCAAUAUACUUUGUCAACUCAAUAGUCAAUCAAAUCUUUGGGAAUGGCCUACAAGCUGUUCUGUUCAGGAAUAUUUUCGUACUUUUGGCUAGGUAGCUGGGAAUGUAGCGAGCGUUCUCUAAAACCACAAUCCUUACAGUUUAAUGUUAGAACGUUAACACUAGCAUCACUAUGCCCCCCUUAGAGAGAGUCGCCCUUACAAGGGUACAUGCUUUGAGUAAGUUGAUAUUUCAGUGACUAACAAAGCCGGGAAAUGCUCUUCAUGGUGUAAAGGGGCCUAUUUAUGGCCUAAGAAGGUUAAUUCCCCCUUUGUUUUAGUUUGUAGCUGUUGACGCAGGCAGUAGAAUCAGUUUUGGAAGUGAAUCAGACAAGGCGCCUUACGAUCUUCCAUUUGGGGUAAGAACUAUGUGAUUUCAGUUUCCCCUAGUAAUGUGUUACUUCUGUCACAUCCAGCUAACACCACGCUUUGUAUCUUUUAUUUUCUUUUAGUCACGCACUCGAGCGCUCGAUUGCAACCGUCAGUACAUUGUGGAAGCGGUGGAAUUCAUCAAGGAUUGGAAUUUUAGAGCAAAGUCAAAUAAGGUACGGUGAAGGCUCAAAUAAGGUAAUGGCUCAUUAUGCAGGACCGGCAAACGAAUUACCUGGCUUUAUUUCUGAGUUAUUUGAAGACCCUGAGUAUUGGUCCGGACCCGGGGAUUGAACUGAUCUCUUGAUCUAUUCCCUGCAUUCAAGCUCUCUACCGACUAAGGUCGACUAAGGUAGUCCUGCCGCGGUCGCGCUGUCCUGUCACGCUUCUGAGGGUGACCAACAUACAGUCAGUGUAUGCUUUAGCAAGAUUAUCAAGUAGAGCUGUCAGAGGUAAUCAGAUUCCAAUUUUCCUCAACAGGAAAACCGACAGUUAAGUGAGCCAAAUCUUCACCAAACGACACUUCCGAUUGACCUGAAAGCGAGCGUGGCACAGCUAGUGGCCUUAGAGCUUACCAAACAUUCAGAGGGUAGUAAGAUACAUCAUAAAGCUCUAGCCUGGCUCAGAAGUCCUCCUACUGCAACACAAUUGGGGUACGUACAUACUUACCCUCCCUACCCUUGAUAAUUUGCGGCACAAAGCACUGUCUCUCCAUCUGCAGUUAUACCCAAGGCCCAAGAAGGUGGGUGGGUGGGUGAGUGCGGGAUGGGGUGUUGGGUGGGGAGUUUUUUCCUUGUACAGUGGAACCCCUUUAAUACGAUCACCAACGGGCCUAAAACAUUUGGCCGUAUUAAUGGAUGACCGCAUUAACGAGGGUGUUUUUACAAGAAAAUGUAUGGCCGUGUUGCCAUGCGGCUAAAAAAGUGGCCAUCAUAACAAGGUGCCCGUAUUACCGAGGUGGCCGUAAGGCGAGGUUCCACUGUAUAUAUGAGCUAAAUAAAACGGCGGUGGCAUAUUCCUUACUGCCGCGGUAAAAGUGCCUGUCUGUCCACAGCCCUGUACUAUCGCGCAGAUAAAUACAUUUUAUAUAUUAUAUGUUAUAUAUAUAGUGAUUGGCUGACGGCAAGAAGUUUUUUUUCUUUAUUACGAGUGCUUUUUUUGGAAUCAAUUGGGGAAUUUACUCGUCGUACUUAUGAUCUGUUCAUUUUCCUGUCUUAAUUUGUUGAGCAAUGCAAGUUGCUCACGAUGUAAACUAGCCGGCACGGGAUUAAGAUAAACUUAGUCUACAAAGUGCCAGUACUUUUAGCAACAUGAUCUGAACUGAACAGAAAGUGGCUCUUUGUGGUCAAGCGUUUGUUUUAUGGCUAAAGAAUUUCAUUUGAGAAGCGUUGCGGCAGUUUGGGAGAAGCUGCCAGGUCAUGAUCAUGCAUCAGUAACUUGUCGCUGCGAAGUUUUGCUUCAGUAUUCUAGGUCACGUAGCAGGGACAUGUCUCUUUGUCAUUUCCCCUCACGAACUGUUUCCAGUUGUUACACACGAAGCUUCAUCACACCAACACGCCCUAGCGAAAAAUUUUUUUCCUAAUAUCUCGAGAUGAAUUUCGGCCGACAUGACGACAAAUUUGUCCCAAAAAUUGUGUUGUAUGAUUUGAAUAGUAUAAGCGCACACGAGACUAGGGCUUCUUUGAUUCUUUUUAGGCCUAUUUUCGUGAUUGAGAUUUUGCUGUUGGUCGAAGUAAAAAUUUGGAACGCACGGACACGUUUCAACGAGUUCUUAAGAACUCCUAAGUGCUUCCGGCCAUGGGUAAACAAAUUACAAUUUACAAUUUUUUUUACAAAAACAAUGUUUCUUGAUUCGAUUGAAAAUCGCAAGAGAUUAGAUACCGCAGCAUGACGUCAUAAUCACUUGAACAUCAGCAGCUGGUCACAACUAAAAGAACCAAUCACAGCUCACAAUGUCUCUUAGUUGUUUUAUAAAAUAAAACAAAAACUGCUGAUCCUCGUGUUACUCGGUUUCUACCGGUUUGAACCUUUCAACGAUAAAAGCUAGCGGAAAAUCUCCGGUUGAAGUUAAUUUGUAAGCACAAGUCAAAUCAAGUUUGUUUAAACCAUGUCUGUAAGUGAAGCAAGCUGUUUCGAAAGUACUCCUUGGAAAGCAAAGACAUCUUUAGAACGCAACGAAUGUAUGUGGAACAAUCCAUUGCUCUCCGAUGUGGAAUUUUUGUUUCGAUCUUCCGACAGUGAAACCGUCGUUGUUCCGGCUCAUAGCUUCAUUCUAGCCACGAACAGUCCUGUUUUCUUCGAGGUGAUGAAAAACACAAGACGUGAAAAAAUGGUUAUUGAAAUUACCGAUUGCGAGCCAGAAAUUUUCAGAUUAUUUCUCCAUCACCUCUACAACGACGAACUGGAACUCUCAACAGACUGUUUACGAGACUUGACACGCUUAGCGAUCAAAUAUUCUGUUUCAAGCUUGAUUGGAAAAUGUACAGACUUCGCUAAAAAUGUUUUGAACUCUUGCAAUGUUUUCACCAUCUUGCAAUGUGCCGAAACUUUAAAAGACACGAACUUACAGCAAAGUUGUUGGGACCUUGUAGAUUUGCAUACUGUUAAAGUCAUAAAAUCUGGAGAUUUUUUGAAAAGCAGCCAAGAUUUAAUGUUGAAACUUCUGCAAAGAGACUCUCUACGAGUACGGGAAGUAGAACUAUUUAAUGCGUUUUGUAGAUGGAUAACAUUUCGGAAUGAAACGCAAAAUAAAAAUUCCCGUCAAAGUUAUGAACAAGAACUGAAUUUGCCACUUGUGGAUCAAAUUCGCUUUCCUCUGAUGUCGCAAAGAGAAUUUGCUGAAAAUGUUCCGCAAAAGGGCUUUCUCAUUAAAGAGGACAUCAUAAACAUGUUUUCGUAUUUCUGUUCUACGUCCAACGUCGAUGUCAGAUUUUCAAGGAAACCAAGAGCGGGCACACUAACUCGCUGUCGCUUGUUUCCCGAAUCCCGUAAAUGGUUCAUGUAUUCGGGAGCAUGCCCGGAACAUUUGACACUUUCAGUAAAUUCGCCCAUAAUGUUCUGUGGCGUGCGAAUGUUUGGUUCCGAAAGAGGAAGAUAUUCAGUUUCUUUAGAAAUCUACGCUCAAAAUAAACCUUUGGAUAUUUUAGCAGUGAAGAAAGGCGUUUAUGAAUCAGAAAGUGAAGUACAAAAGGAUUAUUUCGGAUUCGAUGUGUUUUUGGAUAAACCCGUCUUGUUGAAAAAAUCCUUGCCGUAUUCUUUGAAAGUAUUAUUGGAAGGACCGCCGUCAUUUUAUGGUUGCCAUGGCUUCUCUGUGGUCAAAUGUGGUGAAAAAACAUUUACUUUUUUUCGGGAUAAUUGCCCAAUAUUUUCCCGAUUUCAGGCGGGACAAUUUGCUGAAGUUAUUUUUAUGUAAAUGCGCUCUAUGUUCAAGUGUUGUAUUUCAUUAGAGCACGUUAAAAAGCAACAAUACCGGAAUGCUCAUUCCUGACCUUGGUGUCUUCGCAUUAUUGGAUGAAUAACUCUUGUCACAAGAUCUCUCACAUUUAACAACAGUUGACCCUAUAUAAGGCAGCCACCCUUAGGCGAACAGCAAGUGACCGUUAAUGGAGGUUCAUCAGAAAUUAGCGUGAUAAUCUUUAGCAAAAAACGCUCGAGGGGAGAAGCAUUACUGGUCCACAAUCGGUCGUCACCUUCUAUCUCAAUCAGUAUUAUUCCUUCAUAAUAUUCUUAAAAUGCAACCAAACUAAGUACUCUCGUUGAGACGGCCAAACGGUGGCCGUGGCUGCUUAAAAGGGGUUUAAUUUCCCAUUUUUUUUCUCUAAUUUUUUCGGGACUUUGAUAAGUAAAGAUAGAGGCACUAUAAGAGACUUCUCUCCGUGACAAGAGGUAUUCAUUCAACGCUAAGGUGGCUACGUAUUUCUUUGUUUGUUUGUCCAUAAGUUAUAUGCUUCUGGUUUGUCUAUUUAUUUUUUAAAAUUUUAGGACUCACAGGUCAGAACACAUAUCCACCAUCACGAAAGUUGCACGACCAUCACGUGAGGUAUAGACUCACGUGUAAUGUUUAUUUAUACUUCGUUUAAUUUCCCAUUUUUUCUCUAAUUUUUUCGGGACAGAGGAGAUAGAGGCACUAUAAGAGACUUCUCUCCGUGACAAGAGGUAUUCAUUCAACGCGAAAGUGGCUGCGUAUUUCUUUGUUUGUUUAUUUAUUUGUUUGUCCAGAAGCAUAUAACCCUAUAUGUUUCUGGUUUGUCUAUUUAUUUUUUAAAAUUUUAGGACGUUCAGGCAUAAAAGAAAUAUAAAUAAACAUUACACGUGGGUCUAUACCUCGCGUGAUGGUUGUGCAACUUUCGUGAUGGUGGAUAUGUGUUCUGACCUGUGCUUUGUUGUUUUUUCGGUGUUCUAAAGUGAAAUAUACGAUGAACAAUAUUCUCGGGUCAGUGGCGGAUUCAGGGGGAUCAAGGCCGGGGAUCAGGGGAAUCGGAAAGGGGGAUCCGGCCUCCCCUUGUAGGACUUCCCUGUACUCUGAAUGACCAAUGCUUUCAAACUGAAGGUAUUUCUUCUGAAGGAUCCCAUACAAGAAUCUAAUCAGCUGACGUUCACCAAGAUUGAACUCAAGUGUCAAGAAAGGCGGAAAUUGAUCAUUUUCAUUAAAAUAGUUUCAACAAUAGCACCUUGGAAGCAUCCAGUAAAAAAAAUUCCUGCCUCCGCCCUUGUCUGCUUCUGUCCACACGAGCCCGUCUUUUUCUUGAUUGUCCUCAGGAGAAGGAUACUGAUUUAUCUGUCAACAAACUUUUUCACCCUUGGGGCUGUUUACUAAAGUAUCCGUUUUCCUUGCAUCAUUCACGUGUGAACGGUAUCCGUAAACGCCCAAGAUGGAAUACUCUAACAAGUAACAAACGGUUAAGAUUAGAGUGAAAAUGAAAAUCCAUGAAAGUGUAAUUUAAGCUGAUAAAUGAAAGAAGGAAGGAAACAGACCAUGCGAGGCUGAACCCGUAUCACUUAAUCAAACAGAGGAAAGAUUUUCGAUCAUUUCUCUCCUUAUUGAAUAGUUCUUAAUCAACCUCCUUCCCAGGGCUCUCUCCUAUGCCAGAGAGCACGAGUAGGAGAGGAGCAUGGGAACGAAGUUGGUUCUUAGUUAGCGGCUUAAAAGGCAGAUACCGUAAAUCCUCUGUUAAGCCCCCCCUCUCAUAUUUCCCCCCUUUUCUGGGGAAGAAAGUAAUGAGCCCUCACUUUCUUUUAACCCCCCAUCCCUUCUCCGUUAUUAUUGUUCACUACUAAAGGAUACUCUGAAUUAAUCACGAUCUGGGAUGGUUUAUUCACCGACUGGAAGUUCGAAUUUGUUUUGGAUCCUCGUCUGCAUGACCUCCAACCUUCUUGUUCUUGAGCUUUUACACUUUGUAUUAUAGUUCUUUAUGGAGAACUGAUACCAUCGUCGUUUCUAAAUUCAACAAGCCCCUCCCCCUGCCCCUCAAAUGUGUUUGAAAUAAAUAACCCCUAAGCUUCUCCGUGUGUCAAUUUUCUCGAAAUUUCAUAAAAUCCCGUUUAAUCUCCGGCUAAAAAUAUCCACCGUUGUGAUUUAGGCUCGGAGCAUUCCCACAACUAUUUGUCAAGCUGCCGGAAGCGGAAUACCGUUAGAACAUAAAAAAAACUCUAAAAGCCGGUUGUAAUUCGUUUAUCUUUCAGAGGAAAUUUACUCCCUUUCAAAGAAGAACAUUUACAACAACUAGCUCGGGCGACCCACUUCUUUCAAUCUUGUGGGUGGUCGCACUUUUAUGUGAGCACUCAGUUGUAAAUGCGUAAAAACGAAGUGUUAUCCAAACGCGGCUGUUUGUGACGUCGCGAUGGCCAUAUUGGUGUUUCAAACCAAAUCUGUGGGAGUUUCAAAUUCUAGUCUUAUGUAAAUGCUUUCUUUUAUUCGAAAUAAAUUUGCAUAGAUGCUGGCCACGUGAGUGAAUACUCUCUCUUGUCUUUCCUUUUCCUAGACGACAAGAGCUUCUCGAUUGCGUGACUCACAUCCGACUGUUAGCAUGGCUACUACACGGCUCCUUGUCGCACUUUGUCCACUCUAGAAAUCCCCAUGUGAACUGCCACCCGAUCAAGUUUGAGGAGAACACGCAUAUUGCUGACUACGUCCUCAUAAUUCUGUUUAGCUUUGCAGAGCAGCUUAAGGUGAGAGUUUUGCCUCAACCCCCCGUUUUGUUACGAUAGGGCGUGGGCGCACCCCUCACCACAGGUCGUUUCAAUUAUAUUGGGAACCUAAGAUCCGACGAUGGCGACACGGUGGAAGCGUCGCUUUAAAAAGUGAAUUCGCAGUAUUUCAAUCUUCAUCGUGAUUAUUCUGACUCAUUUACUAUGUCAAACGUAGUCGAACUCUCCUGAAGUUGAAUUUCUAAGAACCAUAUCUAAGUUCAGAAAAAAAUAGAAAAUCUCGUUCUUGCUUGUUCACGACCUCUAUAAAACGAGAAAUUAGGCUUUUCACGUUGUAGUCGCGCAGUGACGGAAAAGAAAUGUAAAAAUUGGUGUGAUUCACGUGCGAAGUUGUUGGUUUAUUUAUUAACCUUAUUUUCUUUUUUGACUUUCUCAUUGCCGUCGCCGUCGUCGGAUUUGUAAGUCCCUAUUAUAGGUAUUCGGGUUGGGCGUAUACUCUGCAGCCACAAAGCGUAUGUAUGCUUUUGAACCACUUGUGGGAUAUCUCCCUCCGACCUGUUGCGUUGUACUUUGGAAGUGGGUACAGACAUCCUAAGACCAGGCUGCGCAGUGAAGAAAAAGGCUAAAAAGAGCGAGCAAGAGUCUGGGGAGGAGAAAGGCCCUUUCCCCUCCCUUGUCCACAGCUCGGCUCCUGGUCCCAGGCCACGCCAUAAGGCAUGUUAGUAAGUGAAAUUAAAAUGUCUUCUUGUAUGAAGAAAACAAACAACAUAUUGAAUGAACUGAAUGUGUUCUUUUCUUUGGCGAGGAGUAUAGCGCGAGAUUAAAGAAAAAGCAAACUAUCGCAAACACGCAUUACUUAGGAAACGUUAUCUGUUAACUAUGUGUCAAGCUGAUGAUUUGCCUGCAUAAAUGGCACAGGGUUUUUUGGCGACGCGCGGGCGAACGAGCGGCGAAGUCGUGAGAGAAACGGGAAAGAGGCCUCAUCGCUGUUAACGCGCGCUCGUCACCAAGAAAUUUCCUGCUACACGGGCUAGAUUACAUUUAACCUUUGUUAUUAUUAUUUCUAGGAACCGUUGAGUAAAUCUGCCCUGUACCAUGCGUUUAAUGUAUGUGAGGUAAGCAGAAACGUUUUUUAGACUAAGAACUAAACUCUUCUUCAUGAAGACGUCUCUUUUAGUAUUCUUUACAACUUGAUUCACGAUCAAAUGGGGGACGCUUUUUUUUUGAUAGGGAGCUUAAGCGAGAACUUUUUAAGCGACCCACGUGAACCGAAAGUGAACUUUUUGCAUCUUUUCUUUCUUUUGGCAGAUGUUGUGGCCCAAAUUGUUCGGUCAAAUCGUCCCUUUAAGAGAAAAGACUUGACAACACAAAUUUGGUGGUGUCAAGGCAUAUCACUAGGGAAAAAUCCUUAUUUCCGGUUGACGUGCAUGCGCCGCUCAAAAACUAACGCCUUGGCUUAAAUUCCCUCAGCGCUAAUGAUUCCUGUUGUAUACGCUGAGGAAGAGAUGUAUCAUGCAAAUUUCUUAUAACGUUUUUUCCGGUUGCAUAGCUGUGGACUCUUUACUGUGAUCAUACGAAGAGUCCUGGUGAGCCCUCAACACAAGCGACCUCGAUUGUGAUGGAAUUCUGGGGAAAGGUGACCCCUGGAAUGCUACAUUUGCUAACACAAGCGAAGGAGGUGGGUAAUCACUUGACGUAGGUAUUUCCACAAAGUCCAUAUGAAUGCCGACAGUCAAAAAAUAUUGUUUAUAUAACCACCACUAUGACUGGUUCAGCUUAUGAUCUCCUUGUUAGUUUGCUUCUUGCUUAGUCCCUGUACGGUGUCUUCCCAGGCCUUGUCGGUCAACGCAUCGGUGACAACUUGCCUGGACAGGUGACUCGAAACGCAUCGGCCGCGCGCAAUAAUGAGGACUACUGAGGAACGAGGCAAUUUCACUUCGAUCCUUAGCCAUUUGAAGAGCAGUCGUUCUUUGUGUCGUCACGCAACGUGUGUGGGGGGCGGGGGGAGGGGGGGAGGGUUGGGUAACGACACAAAUCAAAGGGUGCCUAUGGCUAACUUGUGGAUUUAUUAUUUUAGAAAUGAAAGCUGAUAAUGAACUUGCAAUUAGCCUACCGGUAUAUUUUAACCCUGUCAAAAAAUGAAAGCAUGUUUAAAAAAAAAAAAACGACUAAGAAAAAAGAAGAAAAGGUUUCCGCCAGCGGGAAUCGCAUCCCAAACCUUUGACAUGUAAGGGCAACGCAUUAUCUAUUGCGCCACGACAACCAUUGUUAAUCAUAGGCGUUAAAUUAAUUAUAUUAAAUAUUUUUUGCCCAUGAAAUUCUGCCGGUGGACGCUGUUUGAGCUUUAUUUAUGAAGAACUGAAAGAUAUAUUCGAGGAAAACAAGCAUGGUUUUGACAGUUAAAGCCGUAGUUUAACUCAUUUCGUCGCAUUUGAAGAACAUAUGGCCGACAAGUGUCUCGCAAACCGUCGCGAAGUCUCAUGUUGACGGCGUCGUACAGCUUGCAAUUCUGGGCGUUUGCGUGAGGAGAAUCAAUUACGAUUCAGCAACAGUUAACAUUUCCGUUUUUACUGAACAAAGAAACAUUUCAUUUCAGAAUGAUGUUUCCCUAAAACCAUGAGUUUGGGAGUCUUGUCGUGAGAAAAGUUAAAAAAUCGUGAGACUCACGGCAGAAUCGUGAGCUUGGGAAUCGAAGAGCAAAUUGCUGAUCUUUUCGUCAUUAUUGCCUGGACGAGUAAAAAGGCUUCAAAAGUUCAUAAACUUCUGUCUCAAAGUUGACCAUAGUGCUAAUUUGAAACAUAUAAAGUCCACAUGAAGCGCAACUUAUCGUCCUGAGAAAGGUACAAAAUCAUAACAUCAAAAGCUCUGGGUACGAUGCACGCAUCGCGGAACGGAAACGAUCGAUCUACGACAGUUGUCGUUUUGAUAUCGUGCUGAGCCGACUAAUUACGAAAACGUUCACACCUGAGUGACACAUUUGUUUGCAUAUCGCCGUGCCCACAAUAACUUGUUCCUUACGCUACGCGUAAUAAUCCACAAGUUAAAAAUGGUUGCGAAGGGGACUAGGGUGCAGGUGCAAAGAGUCACCUAUCCCGACGUGUGUGUUACGUUUUACAAAGAAACACUGAAGCCCUCUUUCCCCACAACUGGCGUACAAAGUGUUCCAAAAUUCGCGUUAUGAUAAUGUGCUGUACUUCAAAACAAAAGUUGCUUUGUCAUUUUCAAAGAUUUUUUUUUUCUCUCAUUUCAGCUGACCCUCAGUGUGAGUCACCACUUUCUGAAUUUAAUUGAAGCUCUACAGGAGUGUAAUUCUACUCCACUUCCGAUGGUAAGCACCCACUCCCUCUCUCGCAGAGGUCUCUUUUGUGUCACGAGGAGGAGAAAAGUAAGCACGCUCCUUUUUAAGGAUAGGAGCGCCCUGCCCUUUCUUCUUUCUCUAGGGAAAUCGUAGAAAAGUUGUAACCAGUACUCUGGAAGACGGUUACUAUUGACGGUCCAUUUUCGAAUGACUCUUUAAUCAAAAAAGAAAGUUGGGCAGUCGGUGUUUAAGUUACAUGUAUACAGUCACAUCUGUAUAAUGAUACAAGGUUUUCCCUAUUUUGCUGUCUUCCAGCUUGAUUAUUUUUCCCGAUGCGGAGGGGUUCUGCUAUUACCAUACCUAUCCUCAUUCGGCAAAUCACUUUUGAUACAAUCGAAACAAACUGAAGAUCUCUUAUAUGCUGAUGAAAAUUAAUUGGACGUAAAAUAAUGUGCAAGCACUUUCUAUUUUUCCUCCACAGCUGUAUCCGAUGUGGUAUCCAAUUCUGACCUACUGUUUCUCCCAAGGGGUAAGAACAAUUAUGUAGCGUUGACUUUAAUUAAACAGCUCACUAUAGUUAAUGUGUAGUUAAAAGGAUAUCACUCUUCCGCCGGGACCACUCCAUAAAGUAUCUAAGCUCACGGCAAAGUAGAGUUAACCAUGAGAUUCCAAAUUAAUCUUCUCCGAAAAGAAGCUCCCAAAUUCUCGACGAAAAAGGACUCCUAUUAAAAGACCGUCGUGGGUAAAUCUCUCUCUCUCUCAGAGCAAAGUACACCACAGUCUAUCGGAACUGUACGCAACCAGUCCGGACGUGAGAUAUCAAGGUAAGUAUUUGGCAACCGUCUUACGGGCCUCAAUUUUCCCUGAGAAAGAAGGCGGCCAACUCUCUGGGUUCCUUCCCGAAAUCCAAUUUGUGUUUGUUCUGUUUUUCUUUAAUACUUUAUCUUCUCGUUCCAGGUCUCGGAAGCUGCGCAUGCGCGACUGCGCAAAGCCCAGUCUCGGCGACGGAUCAACAAAGACACCAAGUCAGCAUUGGCCAAGUGGCUCAAGCAACUUCAGUUCAAGAUGGCGCUAGCUGAACAACAACCUGAUGGCUCUUUGUUUAUUUAAAGAUGUAUCCUUUACUAACUUCUCAAAUAAGGAAACUAAUAGGCGUUACGAGCGUGACUGUUUUCACAAUUGAACACGUCUAGGUCGAUUAAAAAAAAUCAAAUGUGUCUUGUUUUGUCAAUUGUCUUCUUUGUGAUUCGAAAUCCCGAUAAAACACUGAAUCUCGCAUUGGAUAGAUUUCAUCCUCAAUCGCAAGGAUACUUUCUUGGAAGUGAGACAGGCAUUUGCUGGUGUCAUUAACAAUGUAUACGUUAAAAGUUGAAGAGCUUGCACUACAAGGUGUUUAUAAAUGUAAAUAAAGUUAUGUGAUAGUAUCGUGACCAAACAGCAUUUUUGGACUACAUUUUUAGGC